CUGAUAUUUAUUUAAAAGUGUUGCGUUAAUUCUUAUUUAAAUAAAGUUGUUCGGUUUUGUAUCAGGAAACAUGGCGGCCUCCUUUCUGAAGGUUGCAGCGACAUGUGUCUCAAGAUGUGCUGCUCGCCAGUCCUUAUCAAUGAGAACGUUUUCUUCAACGUUACCUGUCAGUCAGAGUGUCCCUCCAUCCUUAUGGAAGUUGGGUAGACUGAACCAUGUUGCGAUCGCUGUACCGGACCUGGAGAAGGCAACAGCUUUGUACCGGGAUGUGCUUGGCGCCAAGGUGAGCGCUACUGUGCCUUUGCCUGAGCAUGGGGUUUACACUGUGUUUGUGGAGCUCGGCAACACCAAACUGGAGCUCCUGCACCCUUUGGGAGAAAAGAGCCCCAUUGCAGGCUUCCUGCAGAAGAACAAAGCCGGAGGAAUGCACCACAUCUGCAUCGAGGUUGAUGAUAUAAAUUCAGCAAUAGCGGAUCUGAAGGCCAAGGAAAUCAGACUGCUUUCUCCGGAGCCACGGAUAGGUGCUCAUGGCAAACCUGUGAUGUUCCUCCACCCUAAAGACUGUGACGGGGUUCUUGUCGAAAUAGAGCAAGCGUAGUAAUCAACACCUCUCUUUAAAACCUCGACACAAGAGUGAGAAUUUGAUGUUACUAAUGAAGUUGAAAUAUUGAUAUAAGCUAAAGAUGUUUUCUUUCUCACAGAUCUGUAGUGUCUGACAUUCAUAUGAUUUUUCCUUGUUUGUAAAUUACUGGCUAAAUUAAGUGAAUUAGCUUGUAAUAUUCUAUAACAUUUAAAAGGUUAUUUCAGUACACUAAUAGGUACAAUUCAAAGGAACAUUAGCAAUCUGUUUGACAUUUUUAAUAAUAUGGCAAACGAUAAUGGAAAUGGUUCCCAUCGUUACUUUACGUAAUGAGACCUGGGAGGCAGCACGUGUGGCCUGACCAACGACACGUAUAUGUAUAGUAAUAUCAUGAUAAUAUAAGCAUUUCACUGUUGGAUACACAAUCUCAUCUUCUUUUCAUUUUGUCAUUGAUAUUAUGACACGUUCCUGCCGUUUUUGCGAUUACAAAAACGAGAUCGUUUCCACACUUACAAUCAUCCAAUAUAAGUUCAUUUAGAGUUUUCAUUCCCAACAGUAAUGAAUUAAAACCACACAGGCGGAAAGGUUUUGAAAGACGGAACUGUUCCACUCUAUCCAUCCCUUCCUCAGACUUCAGCUCACUCGUCUGCACAAGAAUGAGCAUGUUACUGGGAUACGAUUUGGACCAUAUCCAUCUCUCAGAUGUCUCUCCUUCAACCGCUCACUCUGUACAUCACUUCCCUUUGGACACAGCUGGAGGAGGGAGAUUAGAGACUGAUAUUUUCUCUCAAUUUUUUGUCUGUGUAGUUUCUGCUUCGCUACUUUGUUGAACCUUUGAAUUAUUGGAAUAAAAGGGUCUGAUUUGCAGCUUCAA